CUUGCCUGGCGUAUUAGUAAACCGGUUUGGGAAAUAAACAUCAACCUGCCAAAUGGAGCUGUUAGGUUAGGCAUGUUUACUUCCCAAACCGGUUUGUACAUGCAUUCAUGCAUUUCUUCUCUGCUCCGCUAUAUACUAAACUAUCGAGUACGUUCGAGAUACCAAACAAAAUAUACAUCGCUGAAAAGCUUCACAUCUCGGUGGUCAGAUAUUCCAAGAGAGUAGCCGGAAUUAUGGCCCUGAAGAUAAAUUUCACUUCGUUGAAGAACUUUGUCUUCUACUAUAUAUCGUUUCGUCUGUUGACGGAGGGUAUUGAAGAAUUUCUCAUCCAGCCAACUGCUUGGUAUUAUAUCAACUUUCUGGGAGAAUCAAAUGUGUUUCUUGGAUUAACUUUGGCUGGUUAUUCCGCGGGUGCUUUAUUGUUCGCGCCGGUUGUUGGUGUCAGUUCUGGAGGUGAAAUUUGAUGUUUCGAAAAUACUAACCGUCAUGUGUGCUGCUGUGAGGUUCGUCGGUAAUUUAUUAUAUUCAAUUCCAAUCAAUGGAUAUUUUCCAAUGGUUGGAAGGUUUAUAUGUGGUCUGGGCGCUAGUACAGAAGGAAUAUUGUUCGGGGUUAUAACUAAAGGUACUACCAGUAGAAAUCGUGCAAAAGCAUUUCUAUAUCUCGAAGGUCUCUACUGCCUUGGUACCACAUGUGGACCUAUACUUGGUAGCGUUCUAACAUUCAAAAUGGACAUAUUUGGUUGGAAAAUUAACGCAGGAAACUCACCAGGAGUCGUUCUGAUGCUUAUUUGGUUUACCUUACUAAUGUGCGCACUCUUUUUACCAAACGACCUCGCGGAAAACACAGGUGAUGGAGAGAGGUCAAUUAUUGACAGUGACAAUGCCUCCCCAUCAUCAAAAACAACCGCAGAACAUGAUAACCGACCUCCUUCUUCGUCGUCGAUGAUUCGUGAAGAAAACUUAGCUGGGGGACUGGGAACAGCAUUGUUAGAUGACGACAGCGACGACGGUAUUAGCUUAUCAAAGUCAUUCGCUUGGCAUGGUUGUCCUCCAUCGUCCAUGGUAUUUUGCAUGUAUUACCUGAUCUGUCUGUCAUACUUCGUCUACAUGGUUAUCUCAUUUUACGUCCCUCUACUGGCCAAAUAUAAUCUUGGAUUGAAACUUAUCCACGUGAAGUUAAUUUACCUCAACAGUUCUCUGUUUUCCUUCGUGUUGUUUCUUGCCACCCCACUCAUUUUGGAAAACGUCUGCGAAACAACUUUUCUUCUCGUUAGUAUAUUUUUUCAGAUUAUUCCAAUUUCAUGUACAUUCCUUCUCGCAAUUUUUUGGAACAGUCCAAUGUCGGUCGAGAAAAAAAGUUACCUCAUCCUUUGUUCGAUGCUGUUGUUGAGCGCACAGUUGGUGAACUCUCCAGUAGCUUCUUGCCUACUUUCAAAAUUAACCCCGGUGAAGAGUGCUUCAUUCUAUCAAAGUCUCACCUAUACUGCAGUACAUAUGGGAAUUUGUCUCAGUCGCCUGGCAGGAGGGUCAACAUUUGCUAAGAUGUCUAUGAUGUAUACUUGCAUUGUUCUUGCUUUUUGUUGGCUUUUUGGAAUGAUUUGGUUGCUUUAUGAAUAUCGCAAAUUUGGUCGUGCCACCGAUGACUGAAGGCUGUUUUUCAUCAUGGUCGCAUGAGCAGGCGAAGCGGACGUAAUGGAAAAUUGCCUUAAGUACUGUAGUAAUGCAGGAUUUCCACUUGCAAAGAUAUGGUUCGGUAGCGAAAUGUUUGCUUAUUUUCUUUUGAAUUUUAACAUUAGUUAUUAAUGAUUAGUCAAACUCGACCGUUCUUAAACUAAAAGGACUGAGAUAUAUAUGCAAAUAUUUAGCACGUUAAUAAGACAUACAAGGUGUCUCAAACAAAAUGGAAUGGAAUAAACCGACAUUUAAAUAGGAUAAGUUGAAUUGCAUCGGAAGUAAGUGAUUAAUUGGAUCAAAAUGUAAUGGCAAACUUGCCUCAUUAAAGUCAAAACGAUGUGGUUUUUGACCAGACGUUUUUAACACACGAUUAUUUGGUCAUUUCUGGCCAUUAUGGCAUUAAUAAAGAUAUUGUUUCAAAGUUAAUGAUCUCCUCUUUCUUUAUGUAAAAAUUAAAUCGUUUAGACUCAAUGUUCAAUGCAUCACGGUUGUUUAUUUAUGUAUAGUUCAAUGUUAAAGUGGCAAAUCAUUCGUUUUUUGAGACACCUUGUAUAGUUUUAUUGGCACAACGCCAUCCACAGAGAGGUGGAAAUAUGUUUCACAAAAGUAACUGGCUGUCUAGCUCAACUUGUACAUAUAUUUUAGAAAGCUGGCGCUCUUGCAUUAAAACGUUCGCAGCUUAAAAAAACCCAAAUUUCUUCUUGGGGCCUAAUUGCUUAAAAUGUUUGCUGCAAUUGGAAGUAAGAUUUGUAUAGCUGGAAGCAAAAUGCUUUGUAAAUACGAUUCUCACAAGUUACCUGAAAUUGUAUU